AUGGCCGACUCGAAGAUGCAGUACAAGAUGAUGGCCAGGCGCCCUGGGGACCUCGCAAGAGCUUUCUCGGUUUGCAGCGGCUGGUCCAAGCUUGGCGCUGAGGCCAACGAACGCGUUCUUUCUUGUUUCCAAGGAAAUGAGCAACUGGGUCACAGGUUCUUUCUGACGUUGGCCCCAAUGGCGUCGUUCAAAUUCAGAUUGGAAGAGGCAACGGCUCAGGGCAUCGUGGCCAUGAGGGAGAAGACCCAGGAGGUGCUGCUGGCCAAGCCUGUGAGGGGUCCAUUGCUCACUGUGGACUUGGCCCCGCCAGUCGAUGGAUAUAUGGCCUACACUUUCAUGUACACCUUCAGUGGCAGUUUGGCUGGCAGUGGCCAGAUCAAGGACGACCAGACCAUGGCAGCAUUGUGGGGCAAGAUGCGACAUCAUUUGAUGAACAUGAGGCUGCACUCUGAGCUUGACAUCUCGGCAACCUAUCUCACGUACAUGGAGAAGCAAGUCAAGAGCAGCAACAUGAAGAUCACCACGAUGAUUGCCAAGUCCAUGCACGAACCUGAGCCGGAACCUGCGCCAAAGCCAGCUGCCAAGAGCAAUGCGUUGAAGAAGCCCGCUGGCAAGGCAGUGAAGAAGGUGCUGAGCGAUGCACUCGAUGAUACAGAGCGCUUCCUGCAAGCGCAGAAAGGCCUUGACUGUUUCCCGCAGGUCUUGGAGCAGCAAUGUGCUGCCGUGCUCAGACAGUGUCAGAUGCUUCCGAAGCUGACAGGAGAUGAAGCGGCAGCGCUGAUCGAGAAAGUGAAGGACAAACUAGGCCAGAUGGCCAUCAGCAUCUCCCCGAUAGUACUUGCCAUCAGUGGCAAGGUCACGGCACCCUUAGACAACAAGAAAGGCCAGACAAGGCCGAAGCAAGCCUUGUCCAAUUUUGGUGCAUACUUGACUCAGCGGGACGUCGUGAUGCUUGGCAACCCUCAAGUCAGCAACUACACCAAACUUGACCACAUCGCGGUGAGAAUGGUCAGAAUAGGCCUCGACAUCCCGAAUGAAGUCACAGCGGGACACGUUCUCAAGGUGUGUGGCGAGAUGGGAUUGGAGUUGGGCACGGCCAAACAGAGCUUGGACUUGCUCAACCAGUUGAAGUAUCUCUACAAGUCAAAAGCAAAGAGAGCCAAGGUGGAUGUCAGCAAACAAGCUCACAUCAUUAUCUACCCAGAGGUGCCUUCAGAGAUCAUGAUUCGAGACUGCUACGAUGCUGACGAUCCUCCCUUGACAAGCGCCUGCAGUAGUGCUGGUACUUUGGAGUGUUUGAGAAAAAGCUCAAACAAGAGCAAGCCUGAAACAGCUUUGGUUCCAAAGCCUGCGCAUGAGAUGCAGUCACCUACUAUGCCAGGCCUUGCGCCUCAUGCCAUGCAACAGGCUAUGGCUCAACAAGCUAUGGCUUUUAUGGGCAUGGAUCCGAUGGCUGCCAUGAACAUGAUGCAAGUGAUGGCAAUGCGCUUCCUUGGUCAGAGCCAGCAGCAGGAUACCGCUCCUGCAGGCUUGAAGAUCUUUGCUGGCAACAAGGCUGAGUUGAAUCAGGUAACUCCAAGCCGUUCACCCAGUGCUCCGUCAAGUGCAGCUUCACCGCCUGCUGCUGCGACACCACAAGUUGAGUCACAAGAAGAUUCACAAGGUCAAGAGCUGCAGCUUGCCUUGCCAGAUGUUGUGAAACUGGUGCCAGCAGAAGAGCAGCUUGCCGCUGUCCAAGCAGCCACGCAGGAAAGACAGAUGAAAAGAGCAGAAGCCAAGGAAACAGAGCCACAGAAAGAGACACCUUCUGCAAAGGCAAAAGCAAAAUGCAAAGGCAAGGCAAAAGCCAAGAGUAAGGCAAAAGGAGCAGCCAAGAGUCCGGCAAAAGGGUCUGCCAAGAGUAUGGCACAGGGAGCUGCAGCUUCGUCCAAGAGAAAGGCAAGUGAUGGCGAUGAUGCUGUGGCCCCAUCCCCCAAGGCGAAAGCCAAACCCAGUGCAAAGGCCAAAGCAGCUGCUGAGAAAAUGGUUUUCACAGAGGCAAACCGACCGCCAGUCCCAGCGCCCAAGGCAGGCACGACUUGGUACAGAAAGGGCAAGAUUCACCGCAACUCAGGAGCUUUUCGAGUUUUUUUGAGCGCUGGUGAUCGGUGUGACAAAAAAGUGAAAAUCAAAGAUGAAGACAAUUGCGAGGCUGAGUGGCAAAGAGCCCUCACACUGAUUGAUGACUCAUAUGAUGACAUUCCCAAUGCUGAUUAG